CCCUGUCCCUAGGUGAGAAUGUGGACAGCAAAUUGGAGUCCUCAAGACAGCAGAUGCCAAAGGACCAGUCAAAAGAUUAUGAGAUAACAGUUCCCUUCCUUUUGAAUGGAGAACAGUGGAGACCAGUAAAUGGCAUUUAUUCAAAGAAUCACCCAGCGCUGCUGCAGUUUGUAAUACAAGCUGAAAGUAAACAUCUAGUCAUCAGCCUGGAGAGGAACGAGGGCCUGUUAGCCAGCAGCUUCACAGAAACACAUUAUUUGAAAGACGGCACUGAUGUGGUUCUCGCACGCAAUUACACGGGUCACUGCUAUUACCACGGCAAUGUACGAGGGUACCCCGACUCCUCAGUCAGUCUCAGUACCUGCUCUGGACUCAGGGGAAUUAUUGUAUUUGAAAACACAAGCUAUAUUCUGGAGCCAUUAGAAGGUGCUACAAGUGAACACAAGAUCUACCGAGCAGAGAAUUUGAAAAUAACCCCAGGAUCUUGUGGCCACCAGCUGGACAUCUCUGCCAUGAGAGCUGAUGACCAUGACACAUCACACCAUUCUCAAGCUGGCAGGUACAAGAGGGAGACUCUGAAGACCACGAAGUACGUGGAGCUUGUUAUUGUGGCAGAUAAUCGUGAGUUUCAGAGACAAGGCAAGGAUGUGGAAAAAAUCAAGCAGAGGCUGAUAGAAAUCGCAAACUAUGUUGAUAAGUUCUAUAGGCCACUAAAUAUUCGAGUAGCCCUGGUUGGAGUGGAAGUAUGGAAUGACAUGGAUAAGUGCUCUAUUUCUCAAGACCCUUUCACCAGCCUUCAUGAGUUUCUGGACUGGAGAAAGCUGAAACUACUACCUCGUAAACCCCAUGACAAUGCACAGCUGAUAAGCGGGGUGUACUUCCAAGGGACUACCAUUGGCAUGGCGCCCAUAAUGAGCAUGUGCACUGCAGAGCAGUCUGGAGGGGUCGUCAUGGAUCACUCAGAAAACCCUCUAGGUGCAGCAGUCACCCUGGCUCAUGAACUGGGCCACAAUUUUGGAAUGAAUCAUGAUACAUUGGAGAGGGGCUGUAACUGCAAAGCGUCCACCGAUAAAGGGGGUUGCAUCAUGAACCCCUCUACUGGCUAUCCAUUUCCCAUGGUAUUCAGUAGCUGCAGUAGAAAGGACCUGGAAAACAGCCUGGAGAAAGGAGUGGGAAUGUGUCUGUUUAACUUGCCUGAAGUCAAAGAGUCCUUUGGUGGGCAGAAGUGUGGGAAUGGCUAUGUGGAAGACGGAGAGGAGUGCGACUGCGGGGAGCCUGAU